AUGCAGAAGCUCAACAGCAACGACCUGCUGAUGCUCGCGGGCUCAUUCCAUGGCAUGCACGCAAUUACCAAGCAGCUCUGUCCGAACCCACCCGUACCUCCAGCCCCCUCUUCUGCGCCCGCCGCAAACCUCGCUCCUUCUCCCUUUACCCACCGUCCAACCGGCAUCGAAGUCCUUGAGACGUCCCAGUUCCGCAUGCAGUGCUUUCAAACCAUCACCGGAAUCAAGUUCCUCCUGUUCACCGAGCCACAGCAGCCGAAUAUCGAUACCAUGAUGAAGAAGAUCUACGAGUUGUAUGCGGACUUUGUGAUGAAGAAUCCCUUCUAUACAGUGGAGAUGCCGAUCAGGUGUGAGAAGUUUGACCGAGCACUGGACGGAUUCAUCAAGUUGAGGGGUUGA